GAAAUCAAGAGAAGGAGGAGGAGGUUAGUUUGAGGCGGAACUUGAAACUCUAUUAAUCAAAGCGAAUUACCAUCUGUCAUAGACUGGUCGAAGCUACCGGAGUGAACACGGCCGUUUCUGCCACUGAGUACUUGCCUCAGUAUUUGUUAGCUGACGCACGCUAUGAUGAGGGUCGGAGUAUUAAUCUUUCUAUCAGGGUGGUUGUGUCUGGUUGUACCAGGUGUUACCAGCACAUCCACACAAUCGUUGAACUCAACAGAAACCCCAACAGAAACCACCUCCUCACCAAAACCUCCAUCUGAAACCACCUCUUCACCAAUCCCCACCAGUGAAAUUGUCUCCUCAACCACCUCUUCCCCACCAACAACCCAAGAUUCUUCAUCCUCCUCCAUCACCCCCUACUCCACGACUUCCUCCCCAGUCAGCAUCACCACCAUUAUUCCCCAGACCAACUCUACACAGACGACCAUCCACACACCAGGCCAGGAAUCAGGAGCGACCUCACCUGUAGCCAACACAUCCUUGCCAACCCAGACUCCAUCUGAGCAGAUCACGACACCCAUCCUGACCUCCCAGCCCACACAGCCCCACCAGUCCACUGUGAACGGGUCCACAGGAACCACCAGCAGCCAGACUCCAGCCACCAGUCUGAGCAAUUCUACUGGGUCCUCCACCUCUUUCUCCACCUCUUCCUCCAUCUCCUCCACCACCUCUUCCUCCACCUCUUCCACCACCUCUUCCCCCACCUCUUCCUCCACCACCUCUUCCUCCACCUCUUCCCCCACCUCCUCCUCCACCUCCUCCACCUCUUCUUCUGAGCCGCAGUCCUCCACCUCUGCUGUGCUGCUGACUACUACAACAGGAUCCAAACCCACAACCUCUCAGUCAGUGUCAAGCACCAUCCAUCAGACCACCGCUACCGGGGACAACAAGAGUCCAUCCAGGGCCUUCAGCUCAGUUCACAGGUUGUCCAAUCCUGUUUCGCUGUCCCUUCCUUGUCAGUGGAUAGAGGUCAGAAGCCACAGAUGGGUGAUGGUUUGUCUAAAAGGAAAAGUCGCAGCCAUCGUGUUUGCAUUCAUUGCUAUAGUGAUCCUGAUGUUCGGAGGGGCCUACUACUGGAAGUGGAGGCGUUCCUCCUACGGCCGUCUCCUGGACGACAACGAAUACGCGUCUUUCCACAACCCUCUAUAUGAACACUGACCCCCGACGACAGCCUGUGCUACCGCUGUUUGACCCCGGCCCCUGGAGAGAGUUUCUUGAUGACCAGAAGGAGAGAGAGCCCAGUGACCGUCAGACAGAGCCUGGAUGACCCCUUACCCUGGGCCAGCUGGACCACCUCAUGGAUGUCCAGAUAGAAAGGUGUCCCCUAGGAAAGGCUCUUGAAGGACGGUGUGUCUGGAAUGACCAGGGGACCCUCCAGCACACGUCAGGCCCAUUCUCUGAUAUCCCAUUCGCUUGCAAUACAGAGUAUAUGCACAGAGUAUAUGUUGAUAAUAUAUAGAUCGCUCUGGAGUGAUUUGAAAUGAUUCAUGACUGUGAUUAUGUUCUUGUGAAGGUUCUGUAGACAAAGUCGUUUAUGUUACUUGAAGUGACUGCUCACCCUGGCAGUCGACUGUUUGUUGUGAUCACUGGCGUGUGUUCGCAAGGAAACAGUUUUUCAGUGUGUUUUUCUAGACAAAAGCCAGUACUGUGACAAUCCCCAUGUGAAGGAUCCUCAUCUGACCUACUCUGACACACUGUUGUUGAUUCGAUUUUGUGAUUUUUGUGACCUUUCCAGAAGUUAAUAAAUGUUACUGAACUGUA